AACAUAAAAAACAUAGCAGGCGUUCGACGUGUUGACAGCUUCCAAUCUGUCAAACUUUCCCAAAAUUUCAAAAUGAGCUUUACACGAAAAGCCCUACCAAUGUUCCGCCUAAUCACAAGACAGUUUGCCACCAAAAAAGAGCCCCCAAAAAUCGUGGUUCGAAAACAGUUUGCUAAACUGAAAGAAACUCAGAAACGAUUUAGUUGCGACGACGGCCUCCCAGUUUGGCUGAAAAACGGUGCCACUGACAAAAUCCUCUACCAACUUAGUUGGGCUUUGAUAUUCCUUGGUCUGGGAUUAAGUGUCGAGGUCUAUGUCCGAAUAAUCAUGAAAAAUCUGGGAAUAGGCCAAGAGGAGGAGGAAAAUUCCGCCUAGUUAUGUUGUUUGCGCGUUGAUAAUCAUGAUGUAAUUAAUUUCGAAAUAAACCAGUUGGUAAUUAA